ACAACAGCUACCCAUUUGGUUCCCCGCUCCGUUAAAAGUUCCUUCCCAUCUUACCCUUUAAUUCAAAAAUUAAAAAUCGCUCCUUUAUUCUAUUUUCUCUUCCUUUCCCCAAUCUCUUCUCUUCAGCUUCCUCUUCUUCUCCUUUCAAUUCUUACCAACAAACACAUUUGCUUCUUUAAGCCUCCAACCUCCAGCCAUGAAAGGAAAACAUUACGGAUAAAACUAGUAGAGUAAUGAUUCCCACGUCCCCCUUCUCAGAAAAAAAUCAAAAUCCUUGCUUUAAUCCAACUCCAGCCCUGAAAGACGAGCACUGACUCGAGGAUUAGUGAUUUGGACCACAUCCACGCGGGUUGUUACCAAAAGAUCAUUACCCUUCUACUUUACAUUGACAGCCAUGACGGCAGUAUUGAGAUCCCCAUCACAAAUUCCUUCGGCUCCAAGUUCCCCGCUUUCUUGCUCCUCCAAUCAUGGCUCUCAGACCCUUUUAACCAACCCUUCUGAAACUUGUGGUGAGGUUGGGGAGGAGGCGGAAAGUAAAAGGGAAGACGGAGGAAGAAGAAGGGAAGAAGAAGUUGGGGAGGGUGAGAGAGAGGUGGAGCAGCUGUCGGUUUUGGCGUUUAUACUGACGGUUCUUAGGAAAGUAAGGUGCAGGACGGAGGGGGAGGAGGACGCAGGGGGGAUGGAGAUCGGUUGGCCGACUAACGUGCGGCAUGUGGCUCAUGUCACCUUCGAUCGUUUUCAUGGUUUUCUUGGUCUUCCUGUGGAGUUCGAACCUGAGGUCCCUCGUCGAGCCCCGAGUGCUAGUGCGAAGGUGUUCGGUGUUUCAACUGAGUCCAUGCAGUGCUCCUAUGACUGUAGAGGAAAUAGUGUGCCAACAAUACUCUUGUUAAUGCAGAGAAGCCUAUAUGAACAAGGAGGCUUAAGGGCAGAAGGAAUAUUCAGAAUUAAUGCAGAGAAUAGCCAGGAGGAGCAUGUGAGAGAUCAGUUGAAUAGCGGAGUGGUGCCGUCAGGGAUAGAUGUGCAUUGUUUAGCUGGUCUGAUCAAGGCCUGGUUUAGAGAACUUCCAUCUGGCGUGCUCGAUCCCCUAUCACCUGAGAGGGUAAUGCAAUGUCAAACAGAAGAAGAUUGCGGACAACUUGCAGAAAGCCUUCCACCUACCGAGGCUUCACUCCUCAACUGGGCCAUAAAUUUAAUGGCUGAUGUCGUUCAGGAAGAACAUGAAAACAAAAUGAAUGCCCGUAAUGUCGCAUUGGUCUUCGCUCCAAAUAUGACCCAGAUGGCAGAUCCAUUGACCGCAUUGAUGUAUGCAGUGCAAGUGAUGAAUUUUCUAAAGAUGUUGAUACUCAAGACAAUCAAAGAAAGACAAGCUUCUCCAGUGGAGGACUCUAAAACUCCCCCUCCUGAUCCUUACGAGGAAAAUGGCCAUCAAAGUCCUGAACUCCAAUUGGAAAUUCAACGUGAAGAGAUAACAGAUCAAGCUUUUGUUUCAGAGGAUCCCAUCCUUGAUGAUCAAACUCACCUUCCAGAAGAAAACCCUUCAGAAGAUGGCAAGAAGGAUGCUGCAUUACAGGAGUUGGCAGAUCCAGGGAUCACUGAAUCUUCCACCGCAGAACUAGAAACUGUUACUGAGGUCUUCACUAAAGUUCAUGUGAACUCUCGUAGAACGAGAACUGGUCAAGCAAGCAAUUCGAAGCAGAAGAAAACUCGAAAGUUUAGCAGACAAUCAACCGCUAAAUUGAAAUCGAGCACACAGGCGGAGAAGUCAAAAUCAGCAAGCAUUGUUAGCCGUAUAAACUCCAAAUCAGAACGUGCAGAAGCGUGGAGGUAAAAAUCUGAUUUCUGUUAGUAAACCAUUUGAAUUGUGACUGACUUAACGGUCAUCUCCCAAGAGGAGGGGGUCUGUGACAUACUUAUGCUUUUGUUUGUAUGCUGCUUGGGUUGGCUGUUUUCUUUUCAUGUUUGAAUAUUUUCCAAACUAACUCUUCCCGGAUUUCUGAAAA